GCAGGGCCCGAGACGACGAAGGCUGCCGAGAUCCAGGCGCAUGUGGAGUGGGAAGGUCAGCAACAGCUGAGCCAGACUGGACCGGUGAUGCUGGCGGCAUUCGAUGCUCGCGAGGAUCGUUGGGGAGCCGUCAAGGAUGCUUGGGGCCAGCUGACUUGCGAGGAGAAGUUGAGCGCUGCCAGCAUGCAGCGCCAUCUGGGCAAGAACCACAGCUAUACCGACUUCACUUUCCGAAUCAACGUGCACCAGACAUCGGCCAUCAGAGACUGGCACUUCGCAGUCCUCACAUGUGGUGAAACGGAGCAGGCCGUUUUGACGCUGAGGUUGGUUGCAACGAAUGGCGUGCUGAACAUGUUCGAGGCCAACACCCACUUCGACGCAAGCAGCUGCCCCGCCGGCUUUUGGUUGAUGCUCGUGGGGGCGCUUCUGCUUGGAUGCUCGGCAGUUCUCGUUGCAGUAUCUUGCCGCCAUUGCCGCAAGAAGGCGCAGAUCCAGCAGUUUCGAGAGACCGCAACUGCCGGUGGAGCAGAGCCUGUGAUCGGCAGGCCUUGCAGCCAGAUUGGUGGGGCAAAGAUCGUGGAUGGACAGACGACGGUCAUUCCCACGCAAAUCUUGUACGGGUACCGGCCAACCGGCUCCAAUGCAUCGGGUGUUGUUGUCAGCCUUCCUUCAACUUUCAUGGCCGUGUGCCUGCCGCCUCAAAAAUCUCAAUUACUGCCCGUGCUGACGUGGAAGACGCCAGCUGUGCCACCACGCUGCCGAGGAUGCAGCUGUAGCCACGGGCCUUUGCUGGCAACAUGUGCAGCGAUCACUGGAGGUCGCAGGCAUCGCGCAGCUCGAUCUGCGCGAAUAGUGGCCUCUUCUGCCAAACCUUCGUCGAAGGGUGGUGGCCCUCCGGAAGAAGGCAGCGUCCUGGAAGUCCGCAUUAAAAAGCUGCUCUCCCACGGACAGGGGCUUGGCCUCUAUGGGACCAGCGAUUGGGUCGUCAUGGUGAUGUUUGUAAUUCCUGGGGAGAAGGUCGAGGUCCGCAUCGAGCGGAACUACAGCCGCUACUCUGAGGCGAAGCUCCUCAGAGUGCUGGAAUCGUCCCCUGACAGGGUGGAGCCAAAGUGCCCACUGUAUACGAUUUGUGGCGGCUGUCAGUACCAGCAUCUCACAUAUUCCUCCGAGCUGGCUUGGAAAAGGCUGCAUGUGAAGUCGACGCUCGAGGAUUUUUCCGGCCUCGACCUACCAGCAGCGCUUGUGGCCGAAACGGCCCCAUCGCCCAAAGAGUACCACUACAGGCGCAAGCUCACCCCUCGGCUGCAAGGUAUGGCGCCGAAAGGGGGCGAUCCACGUUUCCAGGAUGUGGAUGCAGAUGGCCCAAUUGGCAUCUGUGCGCAGGAGUGGGGCGACCACCGCGAUGCGCGCGGACGCCGUUUUCGUCCGGUUGUGGAAAUCGAGGCAUGCCCACUGGCAACAGAGGCCAUCAACACGGCGCUGCCGGCUGCCAAGGUUGCUCUUCGGCAGCGUGCAGCAAAGUUCUUGGAGCCUUUGUCCAAAGAAGAUCGGAGAGCCGCAUCGAAGCGGAAGCGCGGAGAACUGGUUGCAUUACUGCGGCAUACGUCGUUGGAUGGUGUGGUGUGCGACAUGUGGGACCAGGUGGUGACGGAAGAGAUCCCAGGAGUGGGAAAGUUCAAGUUUGCUGCUGGCCGCUUUUUCCAGGUCAACGCAUCGAUCCUCCCAAGUUUCGUGCGCACUGUGGUGGAUUCUGCCGCCGCGCCAUGGCAGGGCGAGCAAGGACGCCCGGAGUUCCUUAUCGAUGUGUACUGCGGCGUGGGGCUGUUUGCCCUGGCAGGCAGUGCCCUGUUCGAUCUAACCUUCGGCAUCGAAGUGGACAAGAAUGCUGUGGCCUUGGCCAAAGAGAAUGCCAAGCUGAACCGGAUCAGCAACGCAACUUUCAUCCGUGGCGAUGCGCGGAAGGGCUUGGCGCGCGUGGCGAAGGAGGCGCCAGCCCGGUCGUCCGCAGUAGUGGUAGAUCCUCCGCGGGAAGGUUUGUCUCGAGAUACAUGUGAUCUUCUAGCGGAAUGGCGUCCGAGGCGCGUGGUCUAUGUAUCUUGUGAUCCUGCCACGCAGGCCCGCGACCUCGGAAGACUCCAUGCCGCCGGCUACCAGCCCCAGGCAGUUCGACCCUUCGACCUGUUUCCACAGACGCGCCAUGUGGAGUCGGUGUUGAUCCUUGAGCUGCCUGUGGAUGCAUUAGCAAUCGUCGAUACAGCCACUGAUGGCGUGGACUCGGAGUUUCGCCAGGGCAUCGUCGGCGAGGAGGUUGCUCUCACCGUGCAGGAUUUCAAAGAGAAGGGUGCAGUGGGAGCGGUCAAGGAUGCUGUGGCCGAUGCCGGGGACAUUCUCAUCGACGGGGUCUCUGGCAUUGUCGGUUGGCUACGGGGCGAGGCUCCCCAGGAGGAGGAGACGCAGGCUUCGGAGGACGCACAGAAGGUCCUGGCCAAUGGUCCCAGGGGGGCAGCCUAUGGAAUCAGCCAAGCCUCCCCAAGCGGUGGCAUCAACGCGGUCUGGGUCAUGCCGGAGGAGGCGGAUCCUGCCACCAUGGCGGAGCUCGCACGCUCUUCCAAGGCUGCGCCGCAGAACUUGAACCCGCCCUAUGCUCCCUCCAACAUCCAGCCCUACCAACCAGCACCCGGAAGCAAGGCCGCGGCUCAGGCUCCACAGAUGCCUCCGGCCAUGCCGCAGUAUCUCCCGAACGGCAUUCAGAUUGCACCCUACCAGCCGAACGCACCAGGAGCUCGACAACCACCUGGCGUCUUCCCAGGUCUUGCAAUGCCGUAUGCGGAUCCACGAGGGGCGCCUAUGCAACCCCCUUUCGCCCCGGGCGGCCAAUUCCCAGGUGCGGGUGGAGCUUUGGGUGGCUAUGGUGGUGCAGCCAGCAGCACAAGCGGUCCAAAAGGAUUCGUGGAACGAAUUUCCAAGGGAGAUGUCCUUCCCGGACCGGAGGCUGCAGAUCGCCUUGCAUCUCAAUGUGCCUCCACCCAGGUGUCAGGAUCUCAACUGUCGGAGAUGCUUUGCGACAGAGUCCGACGUCUCUACUUGGGCCUCGAUGGCGGGGCGUCAGCGGAUGAGGGCCUCCUUAGGCUCCUCCAGCUUGCGGAUGCCAUGAAGACGCAGGGCAGCCCGAUGAUGAUCGAGGCCGUGAAGCAGGUCAAGGACAGCGUCAGCGAGGAGUUCUUGUCUCUGAAAUCCAACGUGAAGUGCCAGGCCGUGGCCACCCCGCUGCUCGUGCGGCUGGGUCUUGGGGGCCCGGCUGACUUGCCCGACCUCCUCGGUGAGGCCCCAAGCAGUGCCGGAAGUGCUGCAGCUGGC